CGACGGUCUUCCCGCGUGUCGCAACCGGAUCAAGCGCCUCGCACGCAGACGUGCGGCUGACCGGGAGAUGGUGGUGAUGAUGAUGGUGAUCUGUCUUCUCCUGACCGCCGUGUCGGUCUCGGGCGACUCGGUGCUGCUGGUGACGCUGGGCGGCACCGCCAGCCACAAGGUGCCCUUCAUGGCGCUGGCACGCGGCCUGGCGGCGCGCGGCCACAACCUCACCUUCGUGAGCGCCUUCCCGCCCGAGCGCUCCGAGCCCGGCGUGGAGGAGGUGGCGCCCCAAGCGCUCGUCGGCUACGUCCGCAACUACACCGACUGGGACCUGCUGGGCGCGCGCAUGCGCGGCCACGAGCCGGUGCACCCAUUGGACGUGCUUCGUUACGGCUUCCAGGUGUGCGAGGCGCUGCUCUCUGACCCGGAGACCAAGGACCUCCUGUCGAGCGGCAGGACCUUCGACCUGCUGGUCCUGGACGGCGCCUACCCCGAGUGCGCGUUGGGCCUGGCGCACCACUUCCGCGCGCCCUUCAUGUACCUGAACACGGUCGGCUUCUACACCGGCUCGCUGUCGUACGGCGGCAGCCCCACGCCCUACUCGGUCACGCCGUUCUUCGGGCGCGCCUUCACCGACCGCAUGGGGUUGGCGGAGCGCGCGCUCAACACCGCCUACCACUUGCUCCUGGGGCUGAUGCACACCGUCAUGGUGAAGGCGUUCCUGGAGGGCGUGCUUCGGGAGCACCUGGGCCCGGGAGUUCCUCCCGUGUACUCCAUGGCCAGCAACGUCAGCUUCAUCCUGCAGAACGGCCACGCCACCGUCACGUACCCCAGGCCUUACCUGCCCAACGUCGCCGAGGUGGCGUGCAUUCACUGCCGUCCUGCGGGCCCUCUCGACAAGGAGCUGGAGGAGUUCGUGUCCGGAGGCGGCGAGGCGGGCUUCGUGUACGUGAGCAUGGGGUCGUCGGUGCGCGCGGCCAACAUGCCGGAGUCCCUGCGGCGGCUGCUGCUGCGGGUGUUCGCCGGGCUGCCCCACCGCGUGCUGUGGAAGUGGGAGGGCGGGCCCAUGCCGGAACUGCCGCCCAACGUGCGCCUGGCCCGCUGGCUGCCUCAGCAGGACAUCCUGGGCCACCGCAAGCUGCGCGCCUUCGUGACGCACGGCGGGCUGCUCAGCAUGUUCGAGACGGUGUACCACGCCGCGCCCGCCGUCAGCGUGCCCGUGUUCUGUGACCACGACGCGAACGCGGCCAAGGCGGCCGCCGACGGCUACGCCCUGCGCCUCGAGCUGCAGGGCCUGACGGCGGACAAGCUGGCACGCGCCAUCCGCGAGGUGGUGCGCGAUCCCAGGUACCGGCAGAGCGCGAGGCACCGCUCGCGGCUGCUGCGCGACCAGAAAGAGACGCCGCUGGAGCGGGCGAUCUACUGGACCGAGUACGUGCUGCGCCACCGCGGCGCCCCACACCUGCAGUCCCCGGCCAAGGACCUCGGAGUCCUGCAGUACUACCUGGUGGACGUGGCGGUCCUGUACGCCCUGCUGCUGGCGGCGGCGCUGUCGGCAGCCUCGCAGCUGUUCCAGCUGGCCGCGCGCACGUCCCACCACCGCCGCCCGGGACGGCUCAAGGCCGACUGAGCCCGGCGCCGCCGCCGGUUUUUCCAUCACAGGGGCGCAGCCCCCCAGCGUGGGGGAGGUACAAGCCUGUCAGGGCUCUUGUCCUCCCAAGUGGUCGUCAUUAUCGGAUGAGGGGAUUGAGAGGGAUAGCCCCUCCCCUCCCCUCCCCCCUCGUCAUUAGUUAUUGUGCGUGCUGAUUCCCAGCUGAAUGUGUGGAGAGGAGGACUGAGAGCCACAGUUUCAGUCCCCCUUCCAUUCCCUUUUGGUUUCCCCCUCCUAUCCUGCCUACCAGGGAAGGAGGGUGAGGCAGAGUAAAAACAACCCCUGCCCCGUUGGUGGCUAUUAAAAUUUUGGAAACUGUAGGUCUGGCCUAAUUGGCAUGUCUUAAUUUUUCCCGGCGCCCACACGCACACGCUUUAUUUAUUGCUCGCGACGAGCCUCUCGUUUUGUGGACUGGAGGCUCCCAGCUCGCACGCCCUGCAUUCCCUUUCGAUACAGGGUUGCAACAACUAAAUUUCCAAAGGUGGGGGCAAUAUACCUCUUUAUAAAGCAGAGGUUCCCAAACGGUGGGUCGCGACCCACCAGUGGGUCGCGGAAGUGUUACAGGUGGGUCGUCACUCGAUCAAUGAAACUAUCAGAAACCAUCUAAUAAACCACCAAAAAAGAUAAUAAAAAUCGAAACAAAUCGAAUUGUGUGAAAACACAUAUGUAUUGUUAAAUAAGUAACUAUUUUUCUACAAGGUGCUUAUAUAUUGUCAACCAUUUUCAAGUCAGAACACAAAUUGUUUAUCAAUAAUCAAUAGGUAUCCUAUAAAAAAGCAUAUAUAUGUAUAUAUAUUUGCAAUAUUUGAUGGUAAAUUAUAUACAUACAUAAGGAAGGGAUACGAUACAAAUGCGAUUUUUACUCCACCAUGGACCAAUAGACCGUGGAGGUAUUCCUUUAAGGUUAGGUGGGUCGCCAGCUGAAAAAGUUUUGGAACCACUGUUGAUUACACAGCACUUUCUUUGCCCCCCGUUUGCCCCCACUUCAAGGUUUCAGAAGAGGGGGGGCAAAAUACCCUUGCCCCCCCCCCCCCUUGUUGUUGCGCCACUGCUUUCAAACAUUCAUUUAAAACGACAAAUAUAUAUAUAUAUUUUUUAAAAUGAAACUUCUUUACUGAGAUGGCUAACAUUUUUUCGAGCGUUACGGAAAUACCGACCGCACGGGGGGAAUAGUUACCAAGUCUGUUACGAAACAGCGUUACGAGAACUCCGUAGCAUCACUGCUGCUUCGUUUCUGCCUCUCCCAAGCCGUCUCCCCUUCCGGCCGUUACUACUACCAUACAGCAUGCUCCGCUACGUGCCUAUAACCCUCCCCCCCCCUUUUACUGACUUCCCAUUCGACCGCUAGCGCAUGCGUGGGCGUGGUUUCGCCGCUGACGUUAAGUAUAGGGUGGUUGGAACCGUAAGAGGAGGAGAGUGCUUCAUGGGGGAGAAACUCUAAUUACCGAGACUGAGACCUAGUUUUUUGAAGUAGUUAUGGGCCCGUCCGCUAGAUAGUAGUUUAUCAUAAUAUAUUGCUGACAUAACUACAUUAAUUUAUUAGGAGAAGUAAUGUAUAAGCUAUUAUCAGGCAAACAAACCAAUGAAAAUUCACUAUAUUUAGGUAGCCACUAAUUUUGUGGUGUGUAAUACAAUGAGUUCUUGCACCUUAUACUGCUUUAUUUAUUACAUGACGGUUUAUUACAAAACAGCAUUAAGUAUUUUCGCAUCGAUUAAAUUAGUUUUGUGCCGCAAAGGAGAUAACUUAAUAUAACAAAAAAAAAAAAACGUAUUAACUAAAAAAACUUUGUAUGAGAACCUCUGUUACGAUUUUUUAUUUGCUGAUAGUUAUGGGCCCGCCCAACAGAUAGCGACACAUGUCGCGUGAAACAUGGUUUCAGUUUCCACUGUAAGAGUCGCACUUCUUUAUUUCCCUCCUUGUUCUGUGGAGUGCGUCAGCGGCGACGCCACUCCAACGCAUGCGUUAGCUGCCGAAAGGUAAGACAGCAAAGUGGUUGGGGAUAGUACUUAGCGGAGCAUGCUGUAUGCUAGUUGCAACGGCCGUAAAGGGGAGACGGCAGGGGA